UUUUUUUUUUUGUUUUUCCUUUCGAGCCGAUUAUCAGACCGAGGAUUUGUUCGAUUAGAACGGAUUUUCGAAUAUUAGUGUGUGAUAAUAGCAGAAAGGAAGAUAGAAGGACUGACUGAGACGAAAGGAGACUGCGAAGGACUCAACGAGAGAACGAGACAGAGAAAUAGAGGGAAGAGACGAGCCAUGACAAUGCCGGAAACGUAAGGACACACCGGUUGGAGGAAGCGCGCGCUAUGGCGCAGGAAUGGUGAUGAAUCUCAAAGGCGAUCACCGUCCGGGCGUUCGUCCCAAGGUACAUCGAGGACAAGAUUACUAAGGAUGGCCUUUCACUGGGAUAAACUCUCGCCCGCGGAAUUUCAACAGCUCCAGGAUUUGGCAGCUUAUUCAACAAGAAAGCUACAAGAUGUUCUUACAGAAUUUUGUGGCAGCAACACGACGGCAAGCGGUGUACCAAAGUAUCAUCCCGAUGGGGACAUCGAUUACGAAGGUUUUAGAAAAUUUCUGGACACUUACCUCGAAGUCGCGACACCCGAUGAACUCUCGCGUCACCUUUUUCUCUCGUUCGUUAGGAAAGAUUCCCGUGGUGUCGAUGGCAAGGCCUUUAAGGAAAUGGCUGUACUUUCGUCGACGACUGCAUGCGCAGCGAUUACUUCUCACACAACUUCGAGCAGUAACGUGAACAGCACCGGAUUACCGGGUGGAGGAGCAUGCACUGAUAGCCACGUUGGUAGUUCCUCGUUGGUCGACAAAAUUCAUGGACUUACGGAAAAGCUGCAAGCUCUGGGACACCACAGAACCGAGAGCGAAGCCUCCUCGAGAACGCGAACCGGAAGCGUACAUCCAAUGCUGACGGUAACACGUACGUCCUACAGUUGUCACGACGUUCUCGAGAAGAAAAGCACCGAUAGCAGCCCAAGUCACAGUCAAAUGUCGCGAAAUUCGUCCAGGAAGUCGAACAAUUCGCUUCUCGUCAACAACGGGAAAUUGGAAGAGAUGAGACACCUUGUUAGAAAGCAAAGCACGAUAGACGUCCACUCGGUUAAGGUCAGCUUGAAGGAUAUCGUCUGUUACCUUUCUCUCUUGGAAGCAGGCAGACCAGAAGACAAAUUAGAGUUCAUGUUCCGGCUCUACGAUACUGAUGGGAAUGGCGUCCUUGACACGAACGAGAUGGAUUGCAUCGUGAAUCAAAUGAUGAACGUAGCCGAAUAUCUCGGUUGGGACGUUAGCGAAUUGAAACCGAUAUUACAAGACAUGAUGAUAGAGAUCGAUUACGAUGCGGAUGGUACGGUGUCCUUGGAGGAAUGGAAGAGGGGCGGAUUGACGACUAUUCCAUUGUUAGUUCUCCUUGGUCUCGAUUCUCACGUGAAGGAGGAUGGAAAUCAUUUGUGGAGAUUGAAGCACUUCAGCAAACCCGCUUAUUGCAAUCUAUGCUUGAACAUGUUAGUCGGGCUUGGAAAAAAGGGACUUUGUUGUGUCUUCUGCAAGUAUACUGUUCACGAAAGGUGCGUUCAAAGAGCACCAGCAUCGUGCAUUGCGACAUACGUGAAAAGUAAAAAGACAUCGCAAAAUAUGAGCCAUCACUGGGUCGAGGGCAAUUGUCACGGGAAGUGCUCCAAGUGCAGAAAGACCAUUAAAAGUUACAACGGAAUCACGGGACUCCAUUGCCGUUGGUGUCAGCUGACCCUGCACAACAGAUGCGUGUCCCAAGUGAAAGCCGAAUGCACUCUCGGCGAAUACGCUGUACACAUUUUACCACCUACGGCGAUCUGUCCGGUCGUAUUGGACAGACAGAGAUCUUUGUCGAGGGAUAGCAAAAGGGGUAGUAAACAUGGGCAGGAUACUUCAUCCGUCAGUUCCGGUGGUUUCUUAAGCUGCGGUGUUAGCACGUCGAAUCAACAACCAGCAAUGUCCUUCCAAAUAACGCCAUCUCCAGAUACGAUACCACUAUUGGUCUUCAUUAAUCCGAAAUCUGGUGGUAGACAAGGAGAAAGGAUGUUGAGAAAGUUCCAAUACAUAUUGAACCCUAGGCAGGUACAUAAUCUUGCUAUAGGUGGUCCGAUGCAAGGUUUGCAAAUGUUCAAAGACGUCGAGAACUUUAGGGUAAUUUGUUGUGGUGGCGAUGGUACCGUCGGUUGGGUUUUAGAAACUAUGGAUCGGGUGCAGUUCGAGCAUCAGCCUGCCGUUGGUGUCAUACCACUUGGUACUGGCAACGAUCUCGCCAGAUGUCUACGUUGGGGUGGUGGAUACGAGGGCGAGGCUAUUUACAAAGUUCUAAAGAAAAUAGAGAAAUCCACGCCGGUGAUGAUGGAUCGUUGGCAGAUAGAAGUACUCGAUCAGAAAGAAGAAAAGAAACCUAAUCAAGACAGCAUACCUUACAAUAUUAUAAAUAAUUAUUUUUCCGUUGGCGUCGACGCUGCUAUUUGCAACAAGUUUCACGUUGAAAGGGAAAAAAAUCCGGAAAAAUUUAACAGCCGAAUGAAGAACAAACUUUGGUACUUUGAAUACGCGACGACCGAGCAAUUCGCUGCGAGUUGUAAAAAGCUUCACGAGCAUCUCGAAUUAAUUUGCGACGGUACACCUUUGGAUUUGGCUCAUGGACCAUCUCUACAGGGUGUCGCCUUAUUGAACAUUCCUUUCACUCACGGAGGUUCGAAUCUUUGGGGUGAGCAUCAUGCGAGGCAUCGUCUUGGUAAACGAAAGAAAAGGCCGGACAAAGAACUCAGUACUAGUAGCUUUAAUUCCGUAGAUCUUACUGCCGCUAUACAGGAUAUCGGCGACAAUCUAAUAGAAGUGAUAGGUUUGGAAGAUUGUUUGCACAUGGGCCAAGUUAAAACGGGAUUACGAAAUUCUGGCAGAAGAUUGGCUCAAUGUAGCAGCGUGACCAUCAUCACGACCAAACGGUUCCCCAUGCAAAUAGAUGGCGAACCAUGGAUGCAAGGUCCAUGCACGAUACACGUAACGCAUAAAAAUCAAGUACCGAUGCUGAUGGCACCGGCACCUGACAAGAGCAGAGGCUUCUUUCGAUUUUUGAGGAGGUGAACGACCGCUUCGAAAACGAGAGAUACAAAGCAGCAAAGAUAAUACGACUCUCUCCAUCUUUUCCUCUUCCUUCUCCUUCUUCUCCUUCUUCUCUUCUUCAUUCAUCAACCUUUACCUAAUCAGUCUCCUCGUUUCUCUCACUCUACUUCAAUCACUUAUCAUUUCUUUUCCUAUUCUUCAACGCGAGAAACAGGUUCGAUUGUUACGUACUUACCGCUUCGAUACUCGUUUGAAAUAUGAAAAAAAAAAGAAUAAAAUUAAAUAAAAUUAAAUAAAAUUAAAAAAAAAAAGGGAUAAAAAUGAACAAAAAAAAAAAACACAACACAACUCGAAGAACCGAUCGAGUUUACGUGGCUUAGGUAUUCUUGUGUACAGUAUUUUUGAAAAUAAUAAUAAUAAUAAUAAUAUAAUAAUAUAAUAAAAAUAAUAAUAAUAAUAAUAACAACAACAGUAAUAAUAAUUGAUUGAUUGAUUGAUUGAUUGAUUGAUUGAUUGAUUGAUUGAUUGAUUGAUUGAUUGAUUGAUUAAAGAAAAAAAAAACAAACAAACAAACAAUUAUUACUCGUCUUAGUUUUUAGGAUGUCGUACAACAUGUGACGGUAGAUUCGUCGAUCGCCAAGUGAAAAUUGACUUUACCGAUCUUUAUAUCCGAUCGAAAAUUACCAUCCACAAAACUUGAAAUAAAAUGUUUAAACGAGGGAUUGAGCCUGCCGUGCCGAUUUGAGCAAACUAUCCGCGAAUUUAGUUUAAGAUUAGAAAGUAGUGUUUCACGCGUUAAGAAGCAGAUUAAUUAAAAUCGGUCGUAUGUAAGAACCACUUUACGAUAAAACGAGAAUUUAAUUAUUUAAGUCAAAGGGAAUAUGCCAGAUGUGGAGACUGGCCUUGUAAAACUUGAGUAUCGAUCUGGAAACGGGUGCUUAUCGAAAAGGUCGAAAAUGUAAGUAAAGAGAGAGAGAGAGAAAGAGAGAGAGAAGCUUUUAGGGAGAUACAGCCGAGUAGUUUCGAAUAUAAAUUCAAUAUAGAUAUAUCGUCAAGAUUGAACCGAGAUUGUACGGCAUCAUGUAUAAAAGA